AUGACAUCGGAAGAGUUCAAAGUCGAGAUUGACGUGCCAAACCCGGGCAUCACAAAGGAAGAAUGGUACGAUUUGCGUGGAGACGGAAAGAAACAGUAUUACCUUAAGCACUGGUGCCCCACAGAUUCAACGAACAAGUUGAUUGCACCGAAAGCCACGAUCGUAUUUGUGCAUGGGUUUGCUGACUAUUGCGACCGAUAUACAGGCGUGUUCCCCGUGUUCACAGACCGCGGCUAUCAGGUGUCGGGAUUCGAUCAGCUUGGCUUCGGAAGAACGUGGCAUGAGUCACCAGACCGUGCCAAGACGCACGGAUGGACAACGUGGCCAGACCAGUUUCACGAUGUUGCGUGUAUGUUAAAGAUGAUGCGCUCGCGAUUGGAUAAGCAAUGGGGAACGGAUCAGGUGCCCCUAUUUCUCAUGGGACAUAGCAUGGGAGGAGGUAUUUCGUCGGGCUUCUUCACUCGAGAGCCGACUUCUCCGCCGGCCGAAGACGUGAAGCGACUGGUAUCGGGUGUGCUUCUAUUGUCGCCAUGGCUUGAUAUUCACUUCCCCAUUCCCACGUCUUUGUCGAUCCCGAUCGUACGCAACGUGCUGCAUUGGCUGCCGCGCAUCAUGCUGCCGCUAGUGCCACCUGCGAACGAUCUUAGCCGCAAUCCAAAUGUCGUGCGUGAUGUGAAGAUGAACCCGAUGAGUAGCUGGUAUGUGUACGUGCGGUGCUUGUAUGGCCCUUUGAGCGGUGGCCCAAAGAUUGUGACUGAAGACUACAAACGAUGGCCGGAAUGGCUCCCGUUGUUGAUUUGUCAUGGAACAGGUGACAAGGUCACUCGCUGGGACUGCAGCAAACAGCUGUACGAGAAUUUGAAGGGUCUUGGUCGCUCUGUGAAAUUGAUGUCGUUCAAGGGUCUGUAUCAUGAGGCGCUGUUUGAGCCAGGUCAAGACAAGGUUCUGUUUGGUCGUGCAUUGGUUGAGUACGUAUUCCUUCUGUGUGCUGGUGGAUUGGUUGGUGCUAACGUGCAUUCAGUUGGGUAG